AUGAAAAGAGUUAUACGUUUCAGGAAAAAGGGUAAAUUGAAUCCUCGAUAUGUGGGACCCUUUGAAAUUAUCAAAAGGGUUGGGCCUGUUGCUUAUCGUCUCGCGUUGACAUCUGAACUCGCUAAUGUUCAUGAUGUUUUCCAUGUUUCUAUGCUCAAACCCUACGUAGCAGAUGCUUCGCAUGUACUCACUCGGCCUCCGAUUGAGCUACAAGAGAAUCUAACUUAUGAAGAGCGUCCCAUUCGUAUUAUGGAUCGACGAGUCAAACAAUUACGGAAUAAAGCCAUUCCUCUAGUUGAAGUUUGGUGGGAAAACCACUCAAGUGGCAAGGCAACCUGGGAAAAAGAGGAUGACAUGCGUCAACGUUAUCCUGAAUUAUUUGACGAAGGUACUAGCAUAAUUUAA